AUGGCCGCGCUCCGCAGCGUCUUCCUCAACGGCAACCGCCUCUCCGGCGACUUCCCGGCGCCGUUCCUCGCGCUCCCCGCCCUCGUCCACCUCUCCCUCGGCGGGAACCGCCUCGAGGGCGCCAUCCCGCCGGCCCUCGCCAACCUCACCCGACUCAAGACGCUGCUCCUCGAGGAGAACCGCUUCGUCGGCCAGAUUCCCGACCUCCCGCUGCCGCAGCUGCGGGAGUUCAACGUCUCCUUCAACCGGCUCAACGGAUCCAUCCCCGCCUCGCUCCGCUCCAAGCCGCGCGCGGCCUUCCUCGGGAUGUCGUCCCUCUGCGGCGGGCCCCUGGGCCCUUGCCCUGGCGAGGCCCCUCCCCCUUCUCCGGCUCCGGCGGGCAGGACGCCCUCGCCGACAACACCUGCGGCAAACAACCCGAACAGCGGAAACGACGAACGAAAUGACAAGAAGGGCAACAAGCUCUCCGGCGGCGCCAUUGCCGGAAUCGCCAUAGCCUCCGUCGUCGGCGCCGCGCUUCUCCUGUUCCUUCUCAUCUGCCUCUGCCGCAGGUCGGGGCGCACCAAGACACGGGCUCUGGAGAUGCCGCCUCCGUCUCCAUCCCCCGCCGUCAUCCCCGGCGGCCGAAAACCCCCGGAGUUGCCCAGCGGCGCGGCCGUGGCGCCUAUGGCUACCGUGGGCCACCCCGCGGGCCAGUCGACUUCAGGGAAGAAGCUGGUCUUCUUCGGGUCAGCGGCCGCCGUCCAACCGUUCGACUUGGAGGACCUGCUGCGCGCGUCGGCCGAGGUCCUUGGCAAAGGUGCCAUCGGGACGACCUACAAGGCUGUGCUUGAAUCCAGCGCUACCGUGGCGGUGAAGCGGCUCAAGGAUGUCACCAUGUCUGAGCCAGAGUUCCGUGAGCGCAUUGCGGACAUUGGCGAGCUUCAGCACGAGUUCAUCGUGCCUCUCCGUGCUUACUACUACAGCAAAGAUGAGAAGCUGCUUGUGUACGACUUCAUGCCCAUGGGGAGCCUUUCUGCAGUCUUGCACGGGAACAGAGGUUCUGGUCGCACCCCACUUGACUGGACGAUAAGAUCAAGCAUUGCCCUUGCUGCAGCCCGUGGGAUCGAGUACAUCCACUCUACAAGCUCUUCGACUUCGCACGGCAAUAUCAAGUCCUCCAAUAUCCUCCUGUCGAAGACGUAUCAAGCACGUGUUUCAGACAAUGGCCUUGCCACCCUUGUUGGUUCAUCAUCAUCUGGACCUUCUCGCGCCACUGGAUACCGUGCUCCAGAGGUUACCGAUCCCAGGAGGGUGUCCCAGAAGGCUGAUGUGUUCAGCUUUGGUGUUCUCUUGCUCGAGCUGCUCACCGGCAAGGCCCCCAGCCAGGCAGCUCUUAACGACGAGGGCGUCGACCUGCCCAGGUGGGUGCAGUCCGUCGUGCGCUCUGAGUGGACCGCGGAGGUGUUUGACAUGGAGCUGCUGAGGAACCAGAGCUCCGAAGAACAGAUGAUUCAGCUCCUACAGCUCGCUAUAGACUGCGUUGCCCAGGUCCCAGACGCCCGUCCGACCAUGUCCCAUGUCGUCAUGCGGAUCGAGGAGAUCAAGAUGUCAGGUGGAAGCGCCGAAGAAGCUGAUCAACAACAGAGCGCCCUGAACCAGGGCGAUGAGAUGGCCGAGGGCCCCUCCUCGCCGUGA